AGCUCCGGUUAAGAAGAGCAAAUGUCAACGAGACUUCUUCUUUGGCAAAAAAAGUAAACGGUCGAACUUGACUAGAUUCAAUUCUAUUAAAGCAGACUUGAGCUGAGAAAAAGGAUGAGCAAGGAAAAGAUGGAAGAGGUGAUAAACAAGGCCAAAGAGAUCGUCUCCUCGUACCCUAUCGUUGUCUUCAGCAAGACGUACUGUGGUUACUGCCAGAAGGUGAAGAAGUUACUGACACAGCUGGGAGCAGAUUUUGAAGUACUUGAGCUCGAUGAAAUGAGUGAUGGAGGUGAGAUUCAAUCAGCUUUGUCAAAGUGGACAGAGCAGAGAACUGUUCCAAACGUAUUCAUCAAAGGGAAACAUAUUGGCGGAUGUGAUAGUGUGAUGGAGAGUAACCAGAAGGGUAAGCUUGUACCUUUACUUAUUGAAGCUGGUGCUCUCGGCAAAAUCUCAUCCAAGCUUUGAAGGAGUCUGAAACUUGUGUCCUGUGACUUCAUAUUUAUAUGUUAAGGUCAUUAAAAAAGUGUUGUCUCGUUAAACCAAAUACUCAUUCUCUUUGUUAACUCUGUUUACACAAAUCAUAUAUGCUAAAUUCACGUCUA